AUGAUCGCGCCACUGUAUGAGCAGCUUGCUGCAAGUCACCCCGCCAUCAACUUCUACAAGGUCGACAUUGAUGGGGAGGCCGUCAGGGGCACCGUCCUGGAGCAGGCGGUCUCCUCCGUGCCCACCUUUGUGUCGUACCGCGGCGGCAAGCGCCUGGACCAGUUCAGCGGCGCUGACCGGGCCGCGCUGCAGCUCAUGGUGGAUGCACUGAGCAGCGCCGCAGCAUGA